AUGUACUCAGCUCUAAGAAAAGGCAGCAAAGAUAGCACCUCAUCGGAGAGGCUGCCCUUGUCUGUGAAUUCCGACUACCACGAUGAGCCUCUAAACAAAGAGCACAUUGACGAUGGGGGUUACAUAGAACGAUCACGUCGGUCAUCUCCCUUUCAAUGGCGAAGUCUCUGCUUUCACUUAAUUCUAGCGUCCCUGUACGGUGCAGCAUUUCUGGCUGCAACAUACAGGACGACAGAAUCUGUCAGAUCCCAGGAGAAGCCUGCGCAUCUCAUUUCAUCACCACUAUACGAUGCCGUCGAGAUGGAGCGAAAAACAAUCUACGCGUCAAUCGAAAGCGAGAAUCCCUUCAAAGGAGCCCCGUCCGAAGAGCUGGACCAUGCAUGGCAUCAGUUAUUCAUCAACUCGAAUAUCCGAGUCACUGCCGAAGAUCUAGCGAAGAUUAAUCGAACCUCCGUCCCUAUCAAUGAUGAGAAGGGGGGUUAUUAUGCUAUUCCGGGUAGUCAGAAAUUCCUCCGCCAAGUAGUCUACCAGAAUUACUACCACAUCGGCAAACCCACCACUCCAGUGCAUAUCGAACACUGUGUCGACAACCUCCGCCAAAACAUCAUGUGCAAAGCAGACGUCGCUCUGCUUACCUUCUCCUGGGACCCCGAUGACCGUGCCCCCAAGCCCAACUUUGUCGUCGAGCACGAAUGUGCCAACUGGGAUAAGAUGGAUAAAUGGGCCGAGGAACAUAAAUUCGAUAUUUUCGAUGAGACGACCUUGAUUCAUCCGACGUUAGGUCCGUCGUUUCCAGAGGCCGAGUAUAAAGCAACGGGGAGAAUUCCAGGGCAUCCAGACUUUCAUCCGAAUGUGUAUCAUGGGGAUCAUGGGGGUCAUGAAGAUCAUGCUAUGCAUGAGGGUGGGAAGAGGGUGUGA